AUGGAGGCCCAAUAUGCAUAUGACAUGAGGUACAUAGUGAACCGGAAAGAGGAAUCCUUACCACUUUUCCCGCCUAAGACCGCAAUCUAUCGGCCAUAUUCGGAGGUGACAGAGAUCUUUGAGGAGGAUGGAUACCGUGGCUACUCAGAUAACUCACCCAUGAGAAGUGUGGCUUCUUUUGGAACUGGAAGCAUAUCCACAGCCUCGACCCCAGACAAUGUUGCAACCCCCGACUCGACUGGACUGACAGCAUUUGAUUUUCACAUCGAUGAAAAUGAUAUCCGAGGCCCGAGCGGUCCUCAUUUGUUCUGGUCAUCUACAGACUCUGACCAGAACUCGGUCAUAGACAUGAAUCCAAUGGUCGAACAAACGCCCAUUGCUACCACGGGUCCUUAUCAUCACAGAGCCUCGAAGUUCGACCCUUUCCGAAGGGAUACACCCGUUCCGAAUCGCUCGAAUCCAACCCCCGAGCCCCAGCAUUUCCAACCCACACCCUUUGCUAGGCAGGCUGUACAAUCUAGUCAAAUGACUAUGCCUCAAGAUUGGACACCUUUAGAGGUUGUGGAAUGGAUGCAAGGCCUUGGUUUGGAAGAUGACAUCGUGAAUACAUUUUUGGCCAAUGACAUCUCCGGCUCUAUUUUGCUGGAACUUCAAAACGAAGACCUCAAGGAGCUCGAGAUCGCGUCUUUUGGAAAGCGACGCAAAGUGAUGGGUUACAUCAAGAACCUUAGAGGUAGCAGCGUGUUCUCUGACACGGACACAUCUUCACGCACAGACACUGCUUCUUCGCAUACAUACACUACUUCUUUGCGCUCGCGCAAUUCGAGUAUCACGAGCGAUGUCGCGUCUACUCAAAAUACAUCAGUGAUGUCAGGCAACACCCUGAGAUCCUGCUACCCUACCGAUGAAGAGCCAAAUAAUUUGAAGCAUUGGUCUCGCCCCCAAAACUAUGAUAAUGAUGUCUACAAGAGAACUGACCUCGUUCCUGAUGAUUCUGUCUCCAUUGUUGCCAUCGAGCAGGUUCUGCCUAGACCGCACAAGUGCAAAAAGGGAGAAGAUUGUCACAAGUGGCAGAAGCAACAAGAUAUGCUUGCUCGGCUCGCUGAUGAUCUGCCAUUCGAGCAUUUCGGCUCUCGCCGUAUUGUCGCGGGAGACCCUGGAAACCCGAAUACAGCCCCAAACCUACUCAGGUCUCCCAAGUCCGAGCUUACCCCAUCGCUCACCGCAUCCUCUGAUAUAAUGGGGCCCGGUAAGCUCUCUGCCUUCCAGCUUUCCCAAGAAAAGCUGAGAGAGGUAAAACCUAGGGAUCCCCAGGAGAAUGUCAGAAACUUCCUGAACUUCCAGAGCCUCGACCGAUUGCAGACAGACAAUCAGCCUGCAACUCCCCCGAGAGAAUUUGCCUCGUUCUCCGAACCAGAGUCUUGUGAUUCAGCAAAAAUUACACCCACACUUUCUGAACAUCUUCGGCACCUGCCCAGGCUCAGAAUUCCCAGCAUGCACGAUUCCAGUGACGGGUCUGUGUUUACUGAGUCUGUCUUUACUACUGAAAAUACGUCGGCCAUACGUACUGUCACUCCUUCUAUCCUGUCAAGAAGGAAUCAAUUCAACGACCGGACCGCUGUACCUGGCGGACAACAGUCCAUCGCCCGUGAGGUAGCACCCUCUCCAGCAGACUACUACCGAGUCGAUCCUUACUAUCGGUCGGAAACCCCACUUUCAGACGUGGAUGUCCCAAUUACUGCAGUUCCAAUUGGACCCGUAUCACGAGAGGACUCGCAGUCAGUACCCCCAAAUAUGCGCUUCGGCAACAGCAGAUUCGUAACCGAGGAGCCAAUUGCUCGGCCAUCCUCAACUAUGGUAGAAAGCCAUCGGCGAUGCCCUUCUAUUCAAGGUGUCACCACACUGAUUCCGCUCAAAGAGGAAUAUGCCAUGAGUCCAAUUGAAACCCCGGACGAUUUACAAAGAACACCCCGUGCACCUCAAUUCCGCAAUAACACCUUGUUCCCUUCAACCAGACGUGGACAGGAUGACGUUACUCACAGUGGGUGGAUGAAGAAGCGCAAAACUACCAAAUUGCUGCGCCAUGACUGGGACAAUCGUCAUUUCACGCUGAAGGGUACACAACUCUCCAUGCAUGAGGACCUUGCGUCUGCUCAUCGAGAUUCAAAGGCUCUGGAGCAUAUCGAUGUCGACGACUUCGCAGUUGCCUGUUCUUCAAAUGCCUCGAAGUCCAAGUUGACAGCAGCAUUCAAAAAAGCUGUCCUCAAGCGCAAUGAUAACUCACAGGAUGUGUCGGCCUUUGCCUUCUCUCUAGUUCCCACGCCCAAUGGCAGCGGUUUUGUCGAUCGCAAGACCAUGUUUUUAAACAGUGGCAAGUCACACCACUUUGCUGUCAAUACCCGCGACGAGCGUAUUGAUUGGAUGCGAGAGCUUAUGCUGGCCAAAGCUCUCAAGCGUGGUCGAGACAGUGGUGCUGAGCUCACCUUCAAUGGGGCCAAUAUGAUAUGA